AUGGAUUUCGAAGGCUCGAUGAAGUCUCCGUCGGAUGACAGUAUAUUUGACUUUGGGGCCCGCGCUGAGAGGACUGUGCUACCUCCGCUUUCAUCAACAAAGCCUGACGGGUACCCAUGGUCUGACCAAUAUGAUCGAGAGUACGCAACAUCCAUUCACGGAGGUCGUCAGAUACUCCAGUCGCAGUUGCAGCCACUGCAAGAGGGUACAUAA